UUACCAACAAGAUCUUAUGAUAUAAGUACGUAUGUAUUUGUUAACAAAAAUGUAAUUAACGAAUGCGUUUACCGAAUGUAGAAUUAACUUCAAAAAUAUUAAAACUGAUAAACCUCGCGUUUUCUAGCAAGAUAUCAAAAUGUUUCACCAAUUUAUUUACAUGAAUUACACGGGUGAUGCGGUUCUUCCCCGAAGCGUUGUUGACGUCCAUUAUCAUAAAAUAAUUGUGCUAUCACCGCAAAAUUAAAUUCUUUUGAGCACGCUUAAUUAAUGUAAACUCAAUAAUUCGCUGGGGAAUGCUACAGGAAAUAUCUUUGUAAUUCGCUGGGAGUUGGCAUUUCUAAGGGCUGUAAGGGUAGUUAAUAUUGAGGGUGAUAAAUGAAACGUAGUAUGCAAGUGCAUAUAAUCAAUAUGUACAACUAAAGUUUUCAUUUACUCCAUAUUUUGUUGUUAAUAAUAUGUACAUACAAUUUUAUCCCAUGUCCCUAUAGUCUGCCAUGUAUAAAUAUCCUAAGCGUUCGUUUUAAGGGUAAAUUUAUUAAUUGCGAUGUAUCUCCUUGAUAUAUAUCAUUAUAAUAAUCUUUUGAACCAAUAAAAAUAAUUAAUUAGUCAUUUUCUUUUAUUAUUUUUUCGUUAUUGAAUAACGUUACGAACUUCAGACUCAUACAAAUUUUACAUGAAAGUGUUUUCUUAGAGGUUAGAGUGGUUGACUAUUUUAGCCAUUUCUAGAAUGAAAAGGUAGUGAAUUAUCAUCUGUUUAAGCAAGACGCGAGUAUUUCAUCAGUAAUUUAGUAUCAGAUUUUGGCAUGUCAUUCCUACGAGGCUCUACCAACUAUGUUUGGUGCACAACAAGUGUGCUGGGCAAAGGAGCCACUGGUGCUGUGUUUCAAGGAGUUAACAAAAAUAAUGGUGAACCAGUAGCCGUGAAAACAUUCAAUCAAGUCAGUCACAUGCGACCACAUGAUGUGCAAAUGAGAGAAUUUGAAGUACUACGCAAAGUUAAGCAUGAAAAUAUUGUCAAACUUCUAGCAAUCGAGGAAGAGCAGGAUGGACGUGGAAAGGUAAUAGUAAUGGAACUAUGUACAGGAGGCAGUUUGUUUAACAUUCUAGAUGAUCCUGAAAAUACCUAUGGCUUAGCAGAAGAGGAAUUUCUUUUAGUUUUGGAGCAUUUAUCAGCUGGUAUGAAGCACUUGAGAGAUAAUAAUUUAGUUCAUAGAGAUCUCAAGCCAGGAAACAUUAUGAAAUUUAUUGCUGAAGAUGGUAGUACAAUAUAUAAACUUACUGAUUUUGGAGCAGCACGGGAGCUACAGGAAGAUCAACAGUUUGUAUCUCUUUAUGGCACUGAAGAAUAUCUUCAUCCUGACAUGUAUGAACGAGCUGUAUUAAGGAAACCAGUAACCAAAAGUUUUGGAGCAACAGUAGAUUUGUGGUCCAUCGGGGUUACACUGUAUCAUGUAGCUACUGGCCAAUUACCAUUCAGGCCAUAUGGUGGUCGUAGAAACAGAGAUACUAUGUAUUACAUUACUACUCAAAAGGCAUCAGGAGUAAUCGCUGGUUCACAGUCAAUCGAAUCUGGUCCUAUAGAUUGGAGUAGAGAGUUACCUGCAAGUUGCUGUUUAAGUACUGGUCUCAAGAGAUAUGUUACUCCUCUGCUAGCAGGCUUACUAGAAGCGGAUAAACAGAGAAUUUGGAGCUUUGAAAGAUUUUUCUCAAGGGUCACGGAUACUCUCUGUAGAAAACCACCAGUUCAUAUAUUUGAUGUUCAUGGCGGACAGCUGAUUAAAAUAUACCUACAUCCUGAGGAAGAACGUUAUGCUGCUUUUCAAAUACACAUUCAACAUCAGACAAAUAUUCAACCUGCAUCUCAAAUAAUUCUCAAAAAUUCAGUUCCUAUAUUACAAUUGAUUGAAGAAUCGACGCCUGGAAGAGGAUAUCCACCGACGUCCAUGGAUGAGCCUCUAUUUUUAUUUUCAGGGGAGAAUAAAAAUGUAACAUUACCCAUUGAAACAGAACUACCAAAGUUCCCAGUUUUUGCUACUUUAGUAUCAGUAGAGGCUGAUGCAAGUCAAGCCAAAACCGCGUGUUCAGUAGGACAUGAAUGUAGAAGAAGGAUUGAUAAAAUGGCCAGGUGUAGUAAAUUGUCGCAAGACGCAGUAGUUGCAUUUGUUGGCUACCUCAACACGAAACUCAACAAAGCUCUGGAUCAAUGCCAAAAAACAAAGGAUUUCACAAAGGCAGUGGAGGACUUGGCAAUAGCAGUCGAAAGAGGAGAAACGAUUGCUAAGCAAGUUUUUAUGAGUAUUAGAACGAAUCAAGGAUCAAAUUCAUUGCCAACUACUUCAUCCAUGACAUCGACAGGACCAACAUUGUCUUCUACCACACAUAACUCGAUGCUUCCGUCAUUUGAAGCAAAAAGUUGGAAAAAGGAACUGGAUACAAUGAGUAAUGAACUUUUUGGAAAGUUGGCACCAGCUAUUACUCAACUUCAUCAAAGACACGUGAGGGAGAACUGCUUGAAAAGCGAAUGGAAUACCAAUACGCGAAGUUUAUAUUGCCCUUGGGCAGCCAAAGCAAGUCCAAUAGCUACUACUUUAGUCGAACGUUUGAGAGACGGAUGGCAACAUCUUCUGCGGGACAGAGCUACGAGAAGCCUUACCUAUAAUGAUGAGCAAUUCCAUGUUUUAGAACGGAUCAAGGUGACUGAAACUGGACGUCGCAUGAAAGAGCUGCUUGACAAACAAGUUAGUCCAACAGUGAUCCAACGCUCCGAGUGCCUAGCCGAUUGGUACAAAUUGGCACAAACAGCCUAUUUACAAACGGAAAUUCUUGGAAAGGAUAUUGACAAUUAUGAGCGACAGAUUGAAACUUUUCACUUGCGUCUCUCUCAAGAAAGUAAAGAACGAUAUGAUCAUAUAUGCAGAAUGUUAGAUACGUGGUUGCCAACAGUAGGCAAACAAUAUAGCAAGAACGCUAAAAACACACAAAGCGAAAUGGAUGAAAGAAGAAAAAGACGAGCACUACUAGAAGAAGAUAAAUGGAAAGACAUCUGUUCGGUUCAAGAGAAAAUUGAAUUGAUAUUGUAUACGAAUGAUGCUCUAGUUGAUGAGCUAACUAGGGUAGCUAGUGAAAUGGCAAAUGUGUCACUUACAUCGUCUACUGAAGAGCAACUAGAAGUAUUGACUACGGGCUCCUAGUUAAUGGUGAACGAUGAAUUGAUAGCUGCUUUCUGCAAUUAUGUACAUACCAAAUUUAGGACAAUGCGUUUCAUGUAAAGGUUGAAUGUCUGGGGGAUGGUUUGUAUGUUGUGAUAUUGAAAUUUAUUUGUAUAUCAAAAAUUGUUAACAAUGGCGAGAGUAGUGAAAUACUCAGACAAUGAGAUGUUACAUAAAAGUAGCAUUAUUAAACUAACAGACAUCGACAAAGUAUUUUUCAGAAGCCGUGAUGAAUUAUUGCGUUCUGUAGGUAUUAAAUUAUACAAUAGUAUGUUUCUGGAGCUUGUCACAUUCUUUUCAUCAAAGUCUUGGUCAAAAUGCAAGUAUGUAAGUCAGAAUUUUUUGCAAAAAUUAAUUUGAUUAAUUUUAUAAAAUUAUUUGUUUAAUUUAUUUUGAGAUAAUAUGACAAUCGUAAUAUUAAAAAAGAGAAUUUAAAUGCUAAAUAGGUCUGAAUAGCAUUACUUAUUUCCAUAUGAUUUCUUAUAUUUAAUUUUUAGAUAAGAAAAGUAGAAAUAAAAAGUUUUGCUAUGAAAUGUGCAUAUUGACGCGUUUUUAGGAAAAGAUAACAAAAUAUAUAACUUUAUAAAACUGAUUGUACAUAAUUACGAUUCUAUGAAUAAGUCUUACGAAGAAAGAGAAAGAAGUAUUGAUUUGUGUUUUGUAAAAAC